CCCGGCGCGGAGGAGCAGUCGCGGCUGCCCGGUCCUGAGGGCGCCAGCGCCGGCCGCCUCCCGCCCCGCUGCUCGGCUCGGCUCGGCUCGGCUCGGCUCGGCCCCCGGCCCGCCAGCCGCCUCCAUCUCUCGUGUGUUUCUGGGCGCGGAGCCGCGAUGGAAGAGGAGCGGGCGGGCGAGCAGAUGAGACCGUUGCUCACCACGGGUCAUGAUGAAGAAGCUGUUGUGGAUAUGGGCAAAAUCAGCUCUACUAUCAAUACAAACUUCGAGAAAGAAGAACUAGAGAGCCAUAGAGCUGUGUAUAUUGGAGUUCACGUUCCCUUUGGAAAGCAAGGCCGUCGGCGGCAUAGACAUCGUGGGCACAGGCAUCACCGGAGAAAAAAAGAAAAAGAAACUGACAGAGAUGAUGGCCGAGAAUCUCCGUCAUAUGACACACCAUCCCAACGAGUGCAGUUUAUCUUGGGUACUGAAGAUGAUGAUGAACACAUUCCCCAUGAUCUCUUCACUGAAAUGGAUGAACUUUGCUUCAGGGAUGGGGAAGAAUAUGAAUGGAAAGAAACAGCUAGGUGGCUGAAAUUUGAAGAGGAUGUUGAAGAUGGGGGUGAUCGAUGGAGCAAGCCUUACGUAGCGACUCUGUCUCUGCACAGUCUCUUUGAACUGCGAAGCUGUAUUCUUAAUGGGACGGUCAUGUUGGACAUGAGAGCAAACACACUAGAUGAGAUAGCAGAUAUGGUUUUGGACAACAUGAUUGCCUCGGGCCAGCUGGAUGAAUCCAUAAGAGAGAAUGUGAGAGAGGCUCUUCUAAAAAGGCACCAUCAUCAAAAUGAGAAAAAAUUCAGCAAUCGGAUUCCCCUGGUUCGGUCUUUUGCAGAUAUAGGCAAGAAACAUUCUGACCCUCACUUGCUUGAACGAAAUGGGCUAUUGGCAUCUCCACAGUCAGCACCUGGAAAUUUAGACACUGGGAAAAGUGGAGAUGUUAAAGGUACUGGGACAGGAGGAAGCAGAGAAAACAGCACCGUUGACUUUAGUAAGGUUGAUAUGAACUUCAUGAGGAAAAUUCCUUCAGGAGCAGAAGCAUCAAAUGUGUUAGUGGGAGAAGUAGAUUUUUUAGAAAGACCUAUUAUUGCUUUUGUGAGGCUCUCCCCUGCUGUGCUUCUCUCGGGUCUCACAGAGGUUCCGGUUCCUACACGGUUUUUGUUUUUGUUGCUGGGACCAGCAGGAAAAGCUCCACAGUACCAUGAAAUUGGAAGAUCGAUAGCAACACUUAUGACAGAUGAUGUUUUCCAUGAUGUUGCCUAUAAAGCAAAAGACCGAAAUGAUUUGUUGUCAGGAAUUGAUGAAUUUUUAGACCAAGUGACAGUCCUGCCUCCAGGAGAAUGGGAUCCAUCUAUACGAAUUGAGCCACCAAAAAGUGUUCCUUCCCAGGAGAAAAGGAAGGUUCCUAAAUUUCCAAAUGGAUCUACUCCUACAGGAGAGACUCUCAAAGAAGAAGGCCAUCAUGCUGGACCUGAACUUGAGAGAACUGGAAGGCUUUUUGGUGGUUUGAUACUUGACAUCCAAAGGAAAGCACCUUUUUUCUUGAGUGACUUCAAGGAUGCAUUAAGCCUGCAGUGCCUGGCCUCGAUUCUUUUCCUAUACUGUGCCUGUAUGUCUCCUGUAAUCACUUUUGGAGGGCUCCUGGGAGAAGCUACACAAGGCAGAAUAAGUGCAAUAGAGUCUCUCUUUGGAGCCUCAUUAACUGGGAUUGCCUAUUCUCUCUUUGCUGGGCAACCUCUUACUAUUUUGGGGAGCACCGGACCAGUUCUAGUAUUUGAAAAAAUAUUAUUUAAGUUUUGCAGGGAUUAUAAUCUUUCCUACCUCUCCCUGCGAACUAGCAUUGGUCUGUGGACUGCAUUUUUAUGCAUAGUGCUUGUAGCCACAGAUGCCAGCAGCCUUGUGUGUUACAUCACUCGAUUUACUGAGGAAGCUUUUGCAGCGCUUAUAUGCAUCAUAUUUAUUUAUGAGGCAUUGGAAAAGCUUUUUCAUUUGGGAGAAGUGUAUGCCUUCAAUAUGCACAAUGAUCUGGAUAAACUGACUUUGUAUUCAUGUGUAUGUUCUGAGCCUGAGAAACCCAGCAAUGAAACUUUGCAGGUGUGGAGGAGUAUGAAUAAGUCUGUGGAAAAUAUAGCAUGGAGUAACCUUACAGUUUCUGAAUGUUUAGAAUUUCAUGGUGUGUUUCGUGGAUCAGCUUGUGGCCAUCAUGGACCAUAUAUUCCAGAUGUUCUCUUCUGGUCUGUCAUACUAUUCUUUACAACAUUUUUCCUCUCUUCUUUCCUUAAGCAAUUCAAGACCAAACGCUAUUUCCCAACUAAGGUGCGUUCUACCAUCAGUGACUUUGCGGUAUUUCUGACCAUAGUAAUCAUGGUUUUGAUUGAUUAUCUUGUUGGAGUGCCUUCUCCUAAGCUUCAUGUUCCAGAGAAGUUUGAACCCACCCGGAAAGACCGAGGGUGGUUCAUAGAUCCUCUCGGAAGCAAUCCUUGGUGGACACUUCUGAUAGCUGCGGUCCCUGCUUUGCUCUGUACCAUUCUCAUUUUCAUGGAUCAGCAAAUAACAGCUGUUAUUAUAAACAGGAAAGAGCAUAAGCUGAAGAAAGGCUGUGGUUAUCACCUUGACCUGCUCAUGGUUGGUGUUAUGUUGGGGAUAUGUUCUGUUAUGGGUUUACCAUGGUUUGUUGCUGCAACUGUCCUGUCUAUAAGUCACGUUAACAGCCUGAAAGUUGAAUCUGAAUGCUCAGCACCAGGAGAGCAACCGAAGUUUUUGGGAAUCCGGGAGCAGCGGGUGACAGGAUUGAUGAUUUUUGUCCUGAUGGGGCUGUCAGUGUUCAUGACGUCCGUGUUAAAGUUUAUUCCAAUGCCGGUUUUGUAUGGCGUCUUUCUUUACAUGGGAGUAUCUUCAUUAAAAGGCAUUCAGUUUUUUGACCGUAUAAAACUGUUUGGAAUGCCUGCCAAACAUCAACCUGACCUGAUUUACCUGCGUUAUGUGCCGCUCUGGAAGGUCCAUAUCUUUACAGUUGUUCAGCUCACUUGUCUCGUUCUGCUGUGGGUGAUCAAAGCCUCUGCAGCCGCUGUUGUUUUCCCUAUGAUGGUCCUAGCAUUGGUGUUCAUUCGCAAGCUCAUGGAUUUAUGUUUCACCAAAAGAGAGCUUAGCUGGCUUGAUGAUCUUAUGCCAGAAAGUAAAAAGAAGAAAGAAGAUGACAAGAAGAAAAAAGAGAAAGCAGAAGCAGAGAGAAUGCUUCAGACGGGAGACAAUGAAAGUGUACACCUUGCAUAUGGAGAUGCAAAUUUGGAUUUUCCUGUAAAAACCCUAAAAUACAGCAUUGAUCCCUCAGUUGUAAACAUAUCAGACGAAAUGGCCAAAACUGCACAGUGGAAGGCUCUUGCCAUGAGUACUGAGAAUGCCAAAGUAACCAGAGCUAACCUGAGCCCUGAAAAACCAGAAAGUGUGAAAAUAAAUGUAGAAGAUUCACCUGUUGUGAAAUACGUGGAUGCUGAGACGUCUUUAUAGAACUGAAGCAAGGGGAAUUGCGUGUAUCUGUGUGUGUAUAUAUAUCACUGUAGGAUAUUAUACCAUGGAAGUGUGAUUGCCAGUUUAAGGAGCAACAUGUAUUUAAUUCUGCCAUUGUUUAGGGCACUGUAGAUAUGACGCUUGCAUAAUGAGAAGAUUUUCCUACAAAUAAGAUGAGUGGUAAUCACACUUCAGCUAUUUAUUUUAUUGGAAAUUUUAUUUUCAUUUUUAAAUAGGAAGAUUGUAAUGAAUGCCUAUUAUUUUCAAUAAUCCAAAUGUGCUUAAAAGUUAAAUCAGCUUUUGCUGAUGAUUACUGGUCCACAUUGCUUAAAGUUUUGCAAUACCUCUGUUUGUAAUGUGCGCUACAGUAGUUUGUUUUCCAUGCAGGCAAUUACUGCUUGUUUUUGCAGGGUAUAUACUACUUCUGUGAUUUCAUAGAACAAAUAUUAAUGUGCAGUUGACACAAACUACUGCGUUUUGUGUCUCCACUACAUGCUCGUGUUCUCUGGAUUCUGUCUCUCCUAUUUUAGUGAAGUGGCCUCGAGCCCUAAGUCAGGUGAUUAUCCUUAAAAUACAUAUGAACACCCUGUUCUGAUACUUUUUUUUUUUUUUCUUUUGUUUUAAUCCACUCUUGAUUUUUUUCAUUAUUGCCCAGUUAGCAGUGCGAGUGCAGUAAUUGUAGUUACAGGCCCAGGUCAGUAUUUGCCAUUCUGGACACUCCAUGUUUACACAAUAUAAAUUACAUUUAGACAGCAAUUUGGUCUAUAGGAAGUUAAGCAUACUUACCACGCUAGUACUCUUGAAUUCUUUUGUUCCUGUUUUAUUUGCAUUUUUUUCCAUUGACUUUCAGAGUCUGAUUUACGGAGCUCUAGGACUGAAACUUUAGAGUAGUUCAUGUCCUCAUCAAAUAUAUUUCUUGCUUAAUUAAUUUUUAAUUUUACUCUGUAUUUGAUUGAAUUAGCUGUAGUUUAAUUCUGUAGUAGGCUUAUGAUCAGUAUUAUUUUAUGGAUUACAAAUUGCUUGUGGUAUUUGUGUGUACAGUUCUGAUCCUCUCCAUUGUAAAGGGCAUAUAUGAUAGCACACCAACUUAUUUUUAAACGUUUUAUUUAUUUUAAUUAGUAUAAAUUUUUAUCAUGGAAGAUGAAUUGAAAAAGUAAAUAUUCAUUUAUUAAAGUAAAUUUUUGAGGCUCACUGAUAAAGAUGCAGUCAGUGCAUUUAUUGUACUUACAUUUUCAACUUCUAGUGUUUAGCAUUAUAAUAAUUGAAAUAAUGAGAAUUUUAUGUAUAAACGAAAAUCUUGAUCGCUUAUGUGCGCAGUUUCCAUUAUUAAUACUUUUUGCCUUACAACUUAGUUUUCUGGCUUUAAUUUCCGAAGCGAUCUCUUUACAUUCUGAUUUGCCACUAGCCCUUUCUGGAUGUAUUACAACAGCUUUAAUUUAGACCCCGUGCUCAUUUAAAAUUAGAAGGUGCUGUUUGCUUAAUUCUGCUUUUGGCAAAGUUGAGAGUUUUGCCCUGGACCAUGUGAUAAAAUUCUCAACAACCCCAAAAGGAGCUGAUUUUGGAAGAGGGCAGAGUUCAUCUGAAAAUACCGCUUGAGGUGGAAUCCUAGUGCUCUUCAGCCAAGUGUCUUGGAGAGAAGAUUAUUGUAUAUUACAAAAAUAAAGCAAUCAGUGGGGAAUAGAAACAUUUAAAAUCAGUGUUUUUAAGGUUACAUGGACUGUUACCAUUCCCUAUAAAUGUAAUGUAGUUAAAUAAUGCUGGUUUGGGGGUUUUAUCUUCUUUUUUUUUUUUUUUUUUUUUUGUGGUGGUGGGUGUUUGUUUUUCUGUGUUUUUUUGUUUUUUUGUUUUUUUUUUUUUCUCCACUUGGCUGAAUUCCAAGACGACAGUUUAAGGAAGGUAAAUCAUAGUGUACAGCAGUACGAAUGAUGGUAUCCAAACUGUCAUGACAAAGGCUGAGGUCAGUGGCAAAGCAAGUGAGAUCUGCGUUACUGAUUUGACCGAUACUGUGUGAUGACCUGUAUAGAUGCUCCUUUAGUCUUAUCUAAUAGUGUAGCUUGUGCCUUAGCUUGAGGAUGUGCUCUAUCAGAAAAUACCCGUGUUUUCCCUCUAGUCAAACGGAGAUACAGUAAAGCUAUAGCAGAUGGUUGCCCAGAACUUUCUGCAUUGUUAAAAAAGAAAAAAAAAAAAAAAAAAAAAAAAAAAAGUACCUAUCUGCAUGUCAGUUGUUGACUACUAAGUAGCUCUUGCUGAAUCAAAGAGGGAAGAUAUUUCGGGCAGUUUACGUAGUCGUUAUCCAUAACCCAUUACUUUUGUGCUAGUCUUCCUGGUAGUAUUUUCCACUUCAUGUUGACAGUCCUGCAACAGCUUCCAAAGACCGAAAAAAUUACUGUAAGCCUCUUUAGAUUUUUAACUCUUUUAUGGCAGAAAUCAGGGUUCCCUGGUGCUGCACACCUUGUAUCUGGCUUCUAUGUCAGGAGGGUUAAAUGUUGGUCAAUAUUACAGGAGGUGGAUAUUUUUCUACUGAAGUUGAAAGGAAACAAAACCAAAGCCCCACAAGUCUAAUCACAGUAUUUAUUUAAUUUCAAUUAUGUAGAUACUUUAAUUGCUGCCAGAAAUACCAUGACUUACAAAGCAGUUUACAGUGACCUUCAGUUCAGUGUUCUUGGUCAGUAGCAUUUUAUACUUGCACUUUUUUCCCAUAUGAAUAGGAGAAGAUCUGGUACUAAGUGCAUAAAACCCCAUCAAUAAUCUAUGGUUAAGUGAUUCGCUGCUCAUCGUACACCUCUUGUUUAAAAUCACACAUAGUAUUAAACAGCUAAGGAUGUAGUUUACUCUCUGUAGAUACCCAUUUUGCCUUAAUGGAUGCAGAAGAGCAGUGAUAAUUGCUGUGCACUGAUACUUUAUUUUAAUUUUUUUUUUUUCAUAAGGGUUAAGCCCUGUAAAAACUAACCCAAUGUAUUUCCGUUCCAACAGUUAGAGGAAAAUAAACAGCCCUGCACUUUUUUCAGAUGCCUUGGUUUCCCGGAAUGGAGCUUAGUGCUACUGUGUAUCUGGCUGCAGAGCCACCUCAGGAAGUCCCUCUUCUUUUUUUUUUUUUUUUUUUUUUUCCUUCCUUUUUUUCCUUUUUCUAAUUUAUUUAUAAAUAUGAAUGUUUACAUAAAGUGUAGGUCUUAAUUUUGACCACUCCAUUUAAAUUAUCAUCUAAAAUAUUUCACUUAAAAUGCAGUCUUGUGUUUAAAUUAUAUUCUACAAAAUUCGUUCUUAGUAUUUUCAUAUGUAUUGCAAUGACACACUUUUCAUUCUGUUUACAUACGCCCAAGUUAAUGAUACUUUCUUCCUACAUUAAUUUUGCAGCUAUUAGUGUAAUAUCUUACAUGAUUAUUCAGUUAAAUGUUCCAAAUUGCCAAGUUUGUCAUCAUAAAACCUCUUAGGGUAGGAUUUGGCGCCCUAGUGGGAGUUUUCAACCAAAUGUCUUGGCCAUUUUUUCUACAUUUAAUGGAAGCUCUCCUGUAAGUUAUAAUUUGCUUCACUUGCACCUCUGUCUUCGGGGUAGCUUCCAAGUUUGUGCCCUUUGCAAAGGCAGGUUCGACCGGCUGUGAAAUGUGUCUGUAAGAAAGAGGUGUCACGUCGCGGAGCCUGCACCGCUUUAAGGGGUUGCCUUGUACAUACGGUCUGUAAAUCAUCAGGUAAAUGGUUCAUGGUUUUCAGUUCACCAAUGUAGUCUGUUAGAUGAGCACCACAAUGAUCUUAGUUUUCUUUUUUGCUUUGUACGAUUAGUAAUGUUUUAAUUACUCAUCUAGGUCAAAUUAAUUACCAAGUACAGUACCAAUGUGUGAAAUACAUUGUUUAUACCAACCGUAAUUUAUUUUAUGGCAAAUUUUAAGACUAGAGGCACACAGCUUUGAAUCAGUGUAAAAGUAGUGCUAUAAAUAAAGCAAACUGCUUAGUAAUUUUAAGUUGAUUUUAUUUUGUAACGUUUUUAGUGAAAACUUAUAGGACUUUGUAGUUGGCAUUGAAGUUAAUCUAAAGACACGUUCGUGUUGAAUUUAGUAUCUGUUGACAUUUAUUUGGAAUAAUGAAUGGGUUUGAAAAUCAGUACUUUUCUAAAUGAUUUUAUUGGCAAGACACUUUAUAAUAUUUUUCGUUCUGUUGUUGCUGAUACCCCUGCGCAAAGGUGUCUUCCAGGGUUCAGCAUCUGUAGCUGAACUACGAUUUGGAUUUUAAUACUGAUUAUUUGAAAUGUGAUUACAUACUGUACGGUUCGAAUUUUUUAUGACUUCUUUUCUAAUUACAGUGACGUUUUCUUACUUUAUAACUCAAUCCAAAGCAAAUGAAAACCUUAAUCCAAAUGCAGAAUCAAUAUUCAGUUUAUACCGAAACCGCAACUCUCAAACUUGUAUUCGGUGUGAAAGAUCCAGCCUUUGUUGUUUUAAUUACCGCGAGAAUAAAACUAUCUUUUGUAACGUUUCAGAAAGUUGGCAAAAGCAAUAAAAAUCUGCUGAACUCUU